AUGACAGUUGCCGAACAGGAACUGCCCGAUAGCGGCGCUGCUGUUUCUCUGCCCAUUCGCGCCAAUGGCUCAGACGUCGCACCCGCAUCAAGCAGCAAUGCGCUGACGGGUAAACAGGAGCACUACUUGAAGAGGGAACUCAUCGCAGAUCAAGUCAAGUGGGAGAUCAGCGAGCUCAAUUCCCCCACAGCCCUGCAGCGCUUCGGUGCGCCAUUCAAGUCGGAACAGGGCGAAGUGUCUCCCCAGGAAUCCGAGCUGCCGAUUCUGCGAUACAUCUUUGUCCACCAUGUUCGCGAUUUCCCGUUUCUCGACAAGGCUAGGGAGAAGGAGUUUUGGCAAGACAGGCUCCAAGUCUUUCUCGAGUCGUUUGCCACGAAGCAAAUUUCCUCGUCCGAAGACCGUCUGGAGGAAACGAAGCGGCGGAAGCUGGCCAUCAAGGCGCAGAAGCUGGUCGAGCUGAUGAUGGUUUCCGGCAUUCCCACCUCGUCCGGGUUCGAAGAGCGUAUCAAGUUUUCGGAAAUCGAAAUCGUAGAUAGCAACGCCAUCGACAGGGGCGUUAUGAACACCCUCCCCGAAGGAAACUACAUCAACGGCUGGGACGUUAAUGUAGCCGGCGUUCGCGUCACUUCGGUCAAGCGCAACAUUAGAUACCACAAGCACGCCGAGUUCAUUCUCCGAAUCAAGAGGAAGGGCGAGCUGGAGCACUUUGUCGGGCGCCGAUAUGGAGAUUUUAGCAAAUUGCACCGAAGACUGCGUACCGAACUGCCUGGGAGAGUCAUACCUUCACUGCCGAAGAAGAACAAGUCGGAUACGCGAACAAGCGGGCUGCUGCCCAGCUUUACCACAGGAAACGACUCUGACGCCUCCUCUGUGUCUUCAGAAUCAACUCGGAGGACGAGCAGACUGUCCCAGCAAUUGGGCGGAGUGUCGCUACUAACUCCUGGGGGAGGAGCUUCGCGUGGCCCGGGAUCAAUAAGGUCAUCUAAAUCAAACCGCUCGAGGAAGGUAGCUUCACCUCGGCCAUCUGUUGAUGGUCAAUAUGUCCUUUGGCGUGAGAACCAGAGAGUCUCACUCCGCGCUUUCCUACGAUCUCUCUUGCACAACCCCCAAAUUGCCAAUACCAAAGCAAUGGUGGACUUUUUCAGCGGUGACCCCAUCACACCCACAGACGAGGACGUCGAAGAUAUCUUGAGGCGCAAGGCACUUGAUGAGAAGCGUAUGGAAGAGCAGAAGGAAUUUUAUGAGAUUGCUAGGAGGCGUGCUGCUGAGCUUGAUGAGUAUAUGGAACAGUUCCGGCGGGAUAUCGUCGAACGCAACGGCCUUACGCUCUUGUUCAAAGAGAUCAAGGAAAAGCAAACGAUUGGCGAUCUCAGCAUUCAAUAUCGUAAAUUUGCCGAAUGGCUGAGGAUCGAAAUCGCUGCCAUUGUAUACCACCUCUUCUUGGCCGAGGACAACUCGGCCGACAUGUUCGCUCAAGCUAAACGCAUUCACUCGCUCGUUCCAUAUACCGUCAUUAAGAAUGUCAUCCGAAUCGCAAAUCCCGCAGCAGUCAUGUCCGGUAUUCUGGACAUUUUCAUUGCCCAACCCUUCGGAGCCCGAUCACUCAUGCAGCGAAUGUUUUCCCUCGCACUGCAUGAUGGCAUCCGAAGCUUCCAGAGAUCUAUCGACGCACUGGAUAUCAAGAUUGGCGACCCCGUAUUCACUGAAAAGAUUAAACUGUACACAAACGCCGAGGAAGACAUCAAAAAGGAAAUCCGACGCCAGGCUGAGGAAGAGGACCUUGAUAUCAUCGUGGUGAUAUUGCGAUCAGAUCUUCUCGAACCCGAAUUAACGGGCGAGCAGAUUCAGCGAUUAUUCAACGCAUAUGUUGCCUUUAACAAUGCCGUCGAGAACAUUGACGAGGAACUGAAGCAGGGAGCCCAGCUCUUCUCGUACCUCAAACAGCUUCUCAAGCUUUGCACGCGCUACAGAGAUAAGAGCAUGCUGCUACAACUGAUUGAGGAGCCUGUUACGCUGAAGCUCUUCCGAGACCUUUUUACCAUAUUCUACGAGCCCCUCGUGCGGGUGUACAAGUCGGCCAACGUAUACAAUAGCGUCACUGACUUUGCCGUUUUCAUCGACGACAUGAUCAAGGUGGUUGAAAAGUGCAGGGAAGACGAUGCGUCUGCAGAUCCUAACCAGACUGUCCAAGCAUUUAUCGAUCUGUGUGCUAGACACGAGCACAAUUUCUACAAAUUCGUACAUGAGAUCCACACCCACGACAAUGGUCUGUUUACUCAGCUUAUGGAGUGGAUCGAGGGCAUCUUGGAGUUCCUCCGUAAGGGGCCCAAGAACGGCACGCUGAAUGUCAACGCCUUGUUCGAAGGCGGCGUCAGCAGCGGCGUCAUCAACAAGGAAAAGGCAAUAGAAGAGAUUAACGCCCUGAUUGCCUGGCAAGAGGCCCGGAAGAAGUGGCAUAGCGAUAAGACACAGCAGAAGAUGGCGGCGGAAGGAGCGCCGGGCAGCGAUAUGAUGCCGACCGGCUUCAGCUCGUCCGACUUUGGCCUCAACGGCGAAGACCUGGAGGACUUGGCUUACGACGACGGUUCGGAGACUGAGGCGGAGGAGGAGGACGACAUGGAUCCGAUAGAUGCCGAGAGGCAGCGAAGGGCCAAGAAACGCGACCGCCUGCGCCGUUCGGCGGGAGAGCCUGUGAAGCCAGAUAUUUCCGAGGUUCACAAGCUGAAGGAGAAUUUCCUGGUUAUGCUGAGAAAUGUCUUGGCCGACUAG